UUUCAUUGGAGUCUUCUUUCUUAAGAAAUGGCAGAUGAAGUGAUUCUGUUGAAUUUCUGGCUAAGCCCUUAUGGUAUGAGGGUCCAGAUUGCACUAGAGGAAAAGGGCAUCAAGUAUGAGUACAAAGAAGAGGACAUGAGCAACAAGAGCCCUUUACUCCUACAAAUGAACCCAAUUCAUAAGAAAAUACCAGUUCUCAUCCACAAUGGAAAACCCAUUUGUGAGUCACUUCUUGCUGUUGAGUAUAUUGAUGAGGUUUGGAAAGACCAAUCUCCAUUGUUGCCUUCUGAUCCUCACCAGAGAGCCCAAGCUAGAUUCUGGGCUAACUACAUUGACAACAAGGUAUAUGAGGUUGCCUUGAAGUUAUGGAAAACUAAAGGAGAAGAGAAAGAAGCUGCCAUGAAAGAAUUGUUAGAAUGUCUUAAAUUGUUGGAAGAAAAGCUGGGAGACAAGCUUUAUUUUGGUGGAGACAAAUUUGGACUUGUGGAUGUGGCACUUGUUCCUUUGUUCUGUUGGUUGUAUACUUAUAAUUUCUCUGCCAUUUUAAUCAGUGAAGCUGAGUACCCUAAUAUCAUUGCUUGGGCCAAGAGGUGCACCCAAAGAGAGAGUGUGUCCAAGUCUUUUCCUGAGGAGCACAGGGUCAAAAGUUUUUUAGCAGAGAAAGGACUUGGACAGUGA